AUGUGCACCCUCGACAUCUUAUGCCUCACUGCGUUUGGUAUGGAUUCCUUCUUCCUCAAUCCUGAUGGCAUUCAUGUGGGCUCCAAACCUCAGGAGAUUGCUCAGGCGAUAACGGAUUUUGUCGAAGGUUUAACUUAUAUUUUGCAGUUUGCAGCCUUCCCAUUCUUCACUCGAAACGUCUUCCCUUGGAAUUUGAACCCAAUGAUGAGGAAGUUCCACGUGAGCGUCGAGCGUCUGAAUAAUUUCGCGGAUGAGAUUGCGAUGCAGCGGAGAGCAGCAGUGAGCGAAUCUAGGCAAGCAGAUCUACUUAGCAAGCUGCUUCAUAUGGACAAGCAAGACCUCCAAGGGAACCUCGUGACAUUCUUCCUCGCUGGCAGUGAGACUACAGCGACCACUCUCUCCUGGUGCCUCUAUUACUUCUGUCUCUACCCCGAUGUUCAAGCGAGAGCUCGAGCCGAGGUGGACACCCUAGGCCGCGAUCCGGAAACCGACGACGACCUCGAGAGACUACCCUUCGUGGAAAGUUGCAUACUCGAGGCUCUGCGGCUACAACCUGCAGCCCCCUUACUGGUGCACGAAUGCACAGCCGAUGUAUCAGUAUGUGGUUUCCAUUUGCCCACGGGAACUCGAAUAGUAUCUCUUUUGCGCAAGCGGAUGCGAAGCAGCGCUGAGGGUGGCACCUCUUUCCGGCCGCAACGCUGGUUACGCUCUGAUGGCUGCGUAGACCGAGCACGAAGUCAAGAACACCUAGGCUUUGGUUCGAGUCCUCGACGAUGUCCCGGUUCGCAUAUGGCGAUCAAAGAAGGCACCCUCAUCUUGGCGAUGAUUUUACGAUACUUCGAAGAUUUCAAGAAUGCUACUGAUAUAUCGCAUGUUGAGGCGAAAUCUAAAUUAACCUUCAGACCCGAAAAAUUGGAAAUCUCAAUGGCCAGGGUAACUGUGGAGAAAGAAUACCAUGAAGUUAGCGUCAUGAACAACAUCUGA